UCCCAGAGUGCAUUAGUUUUCUUGUGAAGGAUUGUGGGCAAGCCGGAUACAUGUGCUACUGCCUUAUGGAUGCAAGUGCUCUCGCUCUUGACCAGGAUUUCUUUGCCUUAACAUUAUACUGUGCAUGUUAUAUCGUUGGUAAUUGGUUUGUAGGAUACGAAUAUUAUGUAAUCGAUUGUUUUAGAACUGAUGUUUAACAUUUGCAGUGCAAUAAGUCACGUGAACUAUAGGAACUAUAGUUUUCUAACUAGCCACCCGGCUAACAUAUGAACAUAUUUACACACGUCUCCGACCUAUCCAAACAUGGGAAAAGAUUCGUUUUUGACGGAAGCUUCUCUUCUUUAUAAAGACACCUGCCCGGAGCUGGCUCGAUUUCUCAUGCAAACCCAGCAGAUGGAUGACGAUGCGGCGUCCACAGAGGCGCUGUGUCCGUUCUGCUUCCAGUGGAGGGAGCCGGACAACCACCGGGUGCGGCUGCGGCCCAAGCGCAGACCCUCGGCCCGGCUGCAGAGGCUGCUGGGUAGGGAAGCCAAGGGCCACAAGCUCAGCCUAGAGCAGAAGGACGCCCUCUGCAGGUUCAGGAGGUCCUCCAGCUGUCUGAUGGCCACCUGCCACACCUGCAAUAAGACAUCCAGAAGAGCUGGACCAAACCGGGACUUUCUCACAACUCUGGUGAAGAACCCAAACACCCCAAGAAAUGCAGGGAAGCACAAGAGCCCACAGUCGGCCAGCAAAGGAACCAUGUCAACUCCUAGCUCAGCCUCCAGUCAGAAAACACCUUUUAGCACACCAAGGGUGGCGUCAUCCGAUUCCACCAGUUCUUCGAAGUCGACAGGAGUGAAGAAGUCAGCGUUCUCGCGGCUAAAGAAGCUCCUGAUGCUGGAAGACAGCCCCAAGACCAAGAAGGGGGGCCUGAAAGACUUCCUGUCAGCACUCUGAAAGUGUUGUUGCUGUGUCUGCCAUACCAGCUGAAACCUUAUCAACGGGCCUCUAGCCUAUUUAAAAGGUCUCUUCUGCAUCAGGCCAUAAGGAGAAUGUAGUGAGCUGGUUCGAAUGGGGAAAGAUGUGGUCACCUGUCUGGAGGACCUGUAGCUCCUCCUGCUGGGCUAGUUAGCGCAGCAUCAUUUGUAAGACUUGUGUACUCUUUCCCUUCUAUCCCAGGGCCUCGCUAAGGCUAAAAGCUAAGGGAAAUGCUAACGUGACGUGGCCCGCUUCAUCGGGCUUCUCUCAGAGAGCAUUGACCUCUGCAGGCCCCUGCUUGUCACUCCUUUCACAUGACCCUCUUUAUCAGAGUGGUUUGGUUGCCUCCCACACCAGUCCUAUCAAAUUAGAGGGGAGUUUUGAAUUAUAAUUUGUGAUGUAUACUUUUUUCUUACUACACAGUAUGUUAAGAGGCGUUUACAAGUAAUGAUUCAAUUUGUUUUUCUCUUGUGUCGCUAACAUGUGUAUAGAUCACUUUUUUUACUUCAAUUUUGAGAGUGAAAAAGCAUGGGAAAUACCCAUGGCUGUGUAUUUAUUUUUCUGUGUUGUUAAGAUCAGUGCAACUCCUUUUUUUAAUAUUCACAAAAUCAUUUUUCAUACAAAUGGGUGCUGUUAUCAUGGAAAAGGUGAAGGCAAUGAAAAUGUUUACAUACAACUGGGCAAGUUUAUUUUUGAAGCAAAGACCAAAGUCGAGCUUUUCUGUAGUUGAUGCGUUGACAAGAAGAAUUCUUAUUCUGCCUUUUAUCGAAUUUAGUUGAUGUAUAGUAAAAUAUCCAAGUAGACACCAAUGCUGCCAGUCAUAUUUGAAUUUGUAUAACUUUGUUGCUGGUCCAAUGUAGUAAUUUCACCCCUUUUGUAAUGUAUUCAAAAAAUAAAACAAAUUAUUCUUA